AUGGUCUUCGACCUCGCGAACGCUGAGAUUGCCAUUGCGCAGACCAAGUUUGGCAGCACCGCGAAGGAGGACAUCAUCCCGUUUGCCAGCUAUGGUGCCAAUACUCCGGAGUCGACGGGUGUCAGGCCCAGUCACAGUGGUUCUGGAUCUGGGGGCGGAUCCUCAGCCGACGACUCUGACGAUAAUAAUUACGGCAACAAUGGGUACGGCAACUAUUCUGACGGUGAAUACACCUCAUCUCUCCAGCACUCUGUCAAGCUUGGGAUCGGUCUUGGCGUCGGUCUGUUUUGCCUGCUCGUCAUGUGCUUGUCCAUCUGGGCUGUCAGAAGAUGCCGUCGGAUUAGGAAGGCGGAAAAGGAGCUAUCAGAGAAACAAGCGGACGUGGAGCAAGUACCCGAUAUACUGGCUAGCACUAGGGAUGGAAACAACGUGGCCAAGGAGGGUUCUCUGCCGCAACAGCCAACGAAUGCUGUGACUCGAGACACCUCUCACCCACACGAUGAAUCCAAUUGA